UCAAAAUGAAUCCAAGUUGGAGAUGCUAACGACUUGAAUGCACUGUUGGAUUUGGCUGCAGCUCCAGUUCAUGGUAUUGCUCAGAGUUCAACGAUGUCGAUGUUCCGAAAGUUUGCACGAGGAAAGGACUCAAGUCCGGCAAAGCCUGUUAACCAAUCUCCUUCUAAAAAGGAUGAAAAGCCACAAGAUGCAGAGGGGUUUCUUUGCCCAAUGUGUAUGGCAAGAUUGCCAGGCCCUGCAGAACUUCAAAGUCAUUUUGAGAAAGUACACAGCGAAGGUGGUGGAAAUGUUGCACAAAUGCCUGAUGAACCUGAGCCCAAUGUUGGCCAGCUAAUCAACAUUGCUGAGGAUAAUGUUGACUUAGGCCAAAAAGCACAAUUGCAGUUCAGCUCCUCAGAUUCUACAGAUGAAGUUGUGUUUUUACAACAAGAGAUGACUGAGCUUGCAACUGCUAUUAAAGAAGAGAAAUGGUACUCUGGGCAAUUAAAAGAUGAAUUGGAUAAAGUUUCAAAAGAAAGAGACAGAUUGGAAGAGGAGAAAGAAAUGUUUCAGCAAGAAUAUGAUUCAAAACUCAGAUCUGCUGAAGAGAGCUAUUUGCAAGUUGCCAGUGAAAAUGAAAAACUUAAAGAUGAAUUGAGAUAUGCUGACAUCAAAUCAAUAAAAGAAAGGGACACUCGGCUGAAUGCAGAUAUAGAAGGUCUCAAGAUGAGUUUGUCCCAGGAAAAAGAAAUGAGAUCUGCCGUAGAAGAGGCAAAUAAGCAUAUGAUGAUGGAGAUUGAAAGGAAAGACAAAGAUAUUGACGCUCUAAAUGUAAAGUUAAAAGAAAGUCCAUCAAAUGACAGAGUUAUUACCCUUGAAAACGAAAUUAAAUCAUUAAGAGAGUCCCUUCAAAACUCUGAAAAACAGAAUGAGAAGAAUUCAGAAGAAGAAAUUGUCAAGUGGAGGAAGAAUGUUGAUGAGCUAAAAGUUGAAAUUGCCAGGCAAGAGAUUUUGAUAAAGGAACUUGAAUUGGAAAAAGCUGCUAAAGGGGAGCAGGUCCAGACGGUCCAAAACACCUUGAAUGCGGCACUUGAAACGAGCAAACAGUCCCAACAACAGACGCAAGAAAAACAACAACAAAUAAUUGAUUUGCAGCAUGAAACCCGAGAGGCCCAAACGGCCCUUAAAGAAAAAGCUGCUUUUGUAGCUCACCUAGAGAAACAAUUAGAAGACUCCAAAGUCUCCUUGGCGCUUGAGACUCAAGAGAAACAUGAAUUACAGCAGAAGAACAGAAAUCUUCAAAAUUCAUUAGAUGCCGGCUCACGUGAUUCAAAUGAAAAAGACGCCAAGUUGAAGGACCUAGAGAACAUGUUGGUGAACAAGAAAUCAGAACUGCAGCGACUUGAAAGUGAAAGGAGCGACCUUCUUGCAAAGAUUGAAGCAGGAGAGGGCGUUGAAACAGCAAUCAACCAGUUAAGACAGGAAAAGGAAAAGUUACUUGAAAAUAUCUCGAAAUCUGAGAAUGAAAUGGCAGAACAAGGAAGAAAGUAUACUACUGAAAUCGAUAUUUUGAGAGGAGAUAAGUCAAAGUUAAAGGAAGAUGUUGAAGGGCUGAGUGACCGUAAUAAAGCCCUGGAGAAGCAACUGAGUGCCGUUGAAGGGGAUUUGGCGGCGAAGCAAAAGUCGAUAGAAGAGCUGAAGCAGGAAUUACGAGACAAGGCCGGCGAAAUACACCAGAUCGAGCUGAAAAGCUCACAGGAGAAGGCAUCGUUUGAGGAGCAGGUUCAGCAGUUAGGACAGUCAUUGAGCGAAAAAUCGAAUCAAAUAACAGUUCUUGAGCAAAAGUUGGCAAAGGUUUCUAUCGAUCUCAGUUCUAUGACAUCAUCAAAAUCGGAGGUCGACAAAGUGCUUCAAGAAUCUCGUAAUAGCAAUGAGGCACUCAAUAAGGAUCUUGCGAAGGCUAAUACUGAUUUGCAGGAGUUGAAAGCUCUGCAUAAGAAAGAAUCUGAAGAAUUAAAGGGAAAGAUUGAACAGUUGAAUGUCGCUCUUGGGGAAAAGGCGACUUUGCUACAAAAAGAGGGUGGUGAAAAAAAGAAUCUUGAAAUUAGUUUGGCAAAAACAGAAGCUGAACUAAACGCAAAGAUAGCGAUAGGAGACAAGGACAUAGCUGUACUUAAAGCGAAAAUAGAAGAAGAUACCAAAGAACGCGAGAAAAUGGAUAAAGAAUUCGCUGAUCUACGAGAAAAUGAGGCAUCAUUAAAAACCAAAGUCCAAAGCAUUGAAAUAGAGUUUCAAAGCCAAAAAGAUGAGCUCAAUCAACGAAUAAUGGCUUUGAAGACGAAAUCUGAAGGAACUGAGGCCCAACUGAAGACUGAAUUGCAGGCGAAAGAAAUUGAAAUGAAAACUGCAAAAGAGUCUUCAAAAAACCAAAUUGAAGAGCUAAAGAAAUCAUUUGCUGAGAAGGAGGUGAAAUUUAAAGAAGAUUUGAAGUUGAAAGAUGGGGAGCUUUUCUUCAUUUCUGAAUCAACAAAGGAAACCAUCGCAGGUUAUGAAAAAUCACUGGAAAUGCUUGAGGGCACACUUAAAGAUGAACAGCAAAAGUCAGAACAGCUCCAGCUCAAGAUAAACAAAAUCGAGGAGGAAAAAACUGGAAUAUUGGCAAGCCUUGAACAAAAGGAUGCUACAUUGCAUGAUGCUCAAAGAAAACUUGAGGUUGCAGAAGCGGAGCUGAAAAAGAAAUGCGAAAGCUGUAAAAAUUAUGAAAUCCAGCUUUGCAGAUUCCAAGAAACCCAUAAAGAACAAAUCAACACUGUUGCAACUCUAGAGGAACAAAUAAAGAAUCUCAGUGCAGACUUGAAGACAUCAAAAGAAACACGCACAGGAUUAGAAGCCGAAUUUGAGAAGCAUAAACAGAGUGCUAAUGAAAAUGAUGAAAGUCUGAGAAAAGAAUUAGAACAAUCAAAGGAGGUGAAUGCUGUUCUUGAUGCGAGAGUGCUUGAGCUGGAUGACGAGCUAAAGGAGGCAUACAAUAAAUAUGACAAUGCUAAAACCGAAGUGGCCACUUUGUCAACUGACCUUGCAGCAAGGGAAGAGCAUGAAGCAAAACUCAGGGAAGAAAAUUUGUUAUUGGAAAAAGAAAUCGAGGAGUUAAAAGCUGCAGAAGAGAAUUUUAAAAAUCAAGCUGAGAAGGAAAAAGAGUAUGCAGAUCAAAGAAUAGCUGAAAUUUUAAGACAGAAAUCGGAAGACGAAGAAGAGUUCAAUAAAAUGAGAGAUCUCCUAGAAAAGGAGAAGAAGGAAAGCGCUCGGACAAGAGAAACGAUGGAAAAAAUGCAGAUUGUUCUCAAGGAAAGGAUUGAAUCGAUACUAACCAAAGUGCAAAACAUCGAAAGAGAAAAGGAAGAUCUAUUAAAAUCCAAGGAACAAUCUGAGACAAGAUUAAAUAUGGAAAUUAAAUCGCUAACUGAGAAUAUUAAUAGGAGCAGACAGGAAAUUGAAAAUAGGAAUAAAAAAAUCGAGGAAUUCAAUCAACAAAUGUCAAAUAUACAAAAAGAGAAAGAUGAUCUUCGAGGCGAUGUGGCAGUUAUGGAAGUACAAAUUCAGAACAUAAAUGAAGACAAGAAAGCCCUUACCGAAAGGGUUCUUCAGAGUGAAGAUGCCCACAAAAGAACGAAAGAGAGGCUUUCAGAUACAAAUAGGAGGCUAGAGCAAUCGCUUGCCGCACUCCAAGAGUUAGGUCAGGAGAACCAAUCAAUCCAGAUGCAGCAAAAUUUCAAGCUCAGUCGCCAGUGGGAGGAUGACAAUCUGGCUAAGAACUGCAAAACAUGUGACAAACUAUUUAGCUUGACUGUGCGAAAGCAUCAUUGUCGGCAUUGUGGGGGAAUUUUCUGUAACGAGUGUUCGAAUAAUUACACACAAGUGGCUGCAAGCAAGAAGGCAGUAAGAGUCUGCGAUCAUUGCCACACAGAGCUUAACACUGUACGCGGAAGGCGUGUUUCAGCCGCCUCGAUGACCUAGCAGCAGUGACCUUAGCAUGGAGCAAGAUGAUCUUGAAGAAAGAUUGCAUGCGAACAUUCACACGAUGAAAAGAUUUUUUAUAUCAAAUAUGCAAUUUUACAAAUUUUGGGAAAGCUUGUUUGGAUAGCCUCUAGCAAGGGCUGAGUUUGUUUUGAUAUGUGGGUUUGAGGGUCUUUUAUUUUCGCCAAUCUAAAGAAUAUGGAGGUCCUCAAACUUACUUUUUGAAAAUUAGGCCUUAGGCCCUCUGGUCCUGUAUUCUGAAGCAAUGUUGUGAUCUUUGAUAAUCGUUUAUUUUCACGACCCCAUUCAACAAAAUAAUCCUAUAGGCAAUUAUCUGAAUAGCAUAUGUCCUCCUUUUGGCGAAAAAUCGUCUUUUUUAACUUUUACUAGUCCAGGAAUGAAGGAUUUCUAUGCAUGUGCCCUUCUAUCAAGCACCCCAAAACUGUAGUAUCAAAACUUCUUUUAGACCUGGAAAUUGAAUAAUGAUCCACGUUUAGCCUGCCGCUCUCCCAUAGUACCCUUUACAAUCAUUCAUUUGAUAAACGAUUAGGUACUUGAUGGUUGCGCAACUCAACCAGGCUGUGUAGCAUAGGUUUGAUUUGUCAAAAUAAGGAAUUAAGGGCACGAUUUCAUUCCCAGAACCAUUUUUUUGAAACAUGUAUAUACUGUAUCUUCAUAUCAUAUUAGCUUAGCUGUUUUGACAAUUUGGUACCGCAGUGUUUCAUCAAAGAAGUUCACUGAUUUCUAUGAAGAAUGGUUCAAAUAUCCGUCCCAUGGACUUCUUUUAACCUGCAUAAGACUAUUUGUGAUUCGUCGGUGUCAAUACGCUUCGAUUAUCACUCUUUUAAUAAUGAUUUAGAAAUCUAUUAUUUUACAAAGACUGUUAAACUUUCGCAGCAGGAAGAAUGUUAUUUGGAAAAAGAAUAGAACUAACAACAUCCUUUUGUUAAACAUCCUUGGUUGAAAUUUUGUGUAAGACUUUCAAUUUUCUAUAUGAUUUCAGGAUUUUUGAAAAUAUAAAUUGCGAUCGAUAUAAUGAACGCUUUACAUCGAUCACCAAUAUCUUUAGAUACCUUUGUGAAUUCCUGUGAGCCAUUUUGUAUCAUAUGCAGAAAUUGAAAUGUCAACCCAGUUACUGGCCCACAAGUUCAUUAAGGCCUGCUCAAUAUCCUGUGCCCUUCUCGUUGCUGCUUUUGUAUCUUUCUUGGCAGUUUUUUACCAAAUUUUUUCGUGUUUGCCAAGCUUGAUCUGAAAUCGGAUUAUGCAUGCAAUGGCCCAUGGUCUCAAAAUACCCUCAAACCCGUAACAUGAAGCGUGAAUAUUUCACUUGGCUUUUGAAUGCCAAUAUGCCAAAUAGAUAUUUUUAGCCAUGUAAUUUUAACAUCGGGGCCAUUGCCUGGAGCAUAUUCAAUCCUCCCCCCUUUUAGUCAGACCCCGUGGCCACCUUACCCUUGAAGAUUUAAUAUAUGUAUUUUAGAAGAACCUCUUUAUGUUUCCUAUUGAUGUUUAUGAAUUCAUGAUCGCUUUGUCAGAUUAGUGUUUUAAAAAUCGUGCGUAUUUUGUUGACUGACUUAUUCAGAUAAUGUUUUUGCAUUGAUUUGGUGCGCUGUUUGUUCCAUAGAUAUCCUGUCUCGUAACACUUUGAUCAUUUAUGCAUUUGCAUUUAUACAAUUGAAUCAGAUAAAAAAAUUCAACGUAAAAGAACAAGUUUAUCUUCAUCUUUUGUUUUGCUAGCCUUUAUUUUCUUUUAAGCCCUUAUGUAUAGAUAGAGAUUUACUUUGGAAGAAACUAUGAAGGUUACCAAGUAAAGAAUUUGCUUCAAAGACCAAAUUUUAUAACAGAAAAUUAAAAGCCUAGAUUGACAAUCAAAAUAAAUUUUGGAAAAUGAACUUCAUUUUGUUCAAAGAUGUCGUCUUUUUAGCGAUGUGUAUGUAAUAUUUCAGAACUUGAUACACAUCUGGUGCUUCCAAAGUCUUUGCCCUAGGUCCAAUUAGAAAGAAAGAAUUGAAUCGCUUGGAAUAUAUAUUAGCAUGCCUAUUUAUUUGUUUAAGAUUCUCUUGUCCUUUUUUCGAUUAAAAACUUUCGUGACUAAAAUGACACCUUGUGAUAAUUAAUGCGUACAGAUCUACAGUCCCAAAGUUCUAUACCUGGUGUUCCCCAAGGCCCUGUCCACGCUCCGGUCCUGUUUCAUGUAAAUAGUUUUUCUUCGUAAGUCAUGCCUAAUUUUGUUCGUGUGUUGUACAAGGAAUUUUAAUUUCUUCUGAUUUUUGAUAAAUUUUGACAUUGUUUUUACGAGAAAGCUUCCAAUCACAGCUUUAACGCGAGAUACAGCGAUGAAAAUCAAGUUUAACUGUAUUAGAACAACAAGAUAAAUAAUUGGAAGCUUCUUCAUCGUAGAUAUUUGAAUUUCAUUUUAGAAUGCUGUUUGAGAAAAUUGCUAAUGUUUUGAUCUAAUGACAUUGUUUUCCUUAUGUCUUUCGCUUGCCUAGGCCUUUACCUAGAAAAUUUAGGCAUUAAAUGAAAAAGAAAAAGAUUCCCUCUAUGUUGAGGAGGCAUCUAUUAGCAAGAAGCACGUUAGUUUAAUGCUCGUUUAUCUUCAUAGUCUAUGGGUGUCAUGCGGAUUGAAUUCUGUUGAGAGGUGGAGGCAGAUUUUUCAUAAUAUCAUUGACACCUUUGCAAAGCAUCAUUCGUUUUAAUAACUUUUGAAGAUUGCAUUUCUUUUCAUCUGAGAAACCUGUUUAAUCAUGGCAUACAGCUUAACUUUCAUGCUGUGUUAUACUGGUUGCAAAAGUAUUACCGAUCACAAAGGGAAAGUGGCCAAAUCUUAAAGAAAACGUGACUGCAGUGUUGAAUGUCAAAGUUUUCAGGGGUGGAUUUGCCGGGGGUGUGGAGGGUGCACCUCCUCAAACAUUUUUGUUCACUUCGAUAAAUUUUGCUUUGAUGCUGUAAAAAUGCUUAGAAUCUUCAUUUUAAAAGUCGAGACUGAAUUUUGUAAACAAGCGUUUCCAUAAAUUUUCUGUCACCUGAAGGGUGUGGCACAAUGUCCAAUCAUUGUCCACCCCACCCCCUCCAAUUCUUGCCACUUAGAUUCGUCCCUAAAGAUUUUGAUCCUUUUCUGAUGUCCAAUUUGCAAUGGAUGGUUACCUGGUGGCAGCCCUUCGACGCAAGUAAAGAAAAUUUAAUUUGGUUCUGCUCGAUUCGGUUCAUUUAAAUGCAUCUCAGUUCUGUUCAGUGACAAAAGGGCAGCCGACCUUCUUAACUCAUCAUCAAAUUCUAAACACAAACAAGUAUCCACUCUAACAAACACAUAUCAUCAUCUCAUAUAUGGAUUGCAUAUGGAAUACAUAAGACAUCCAAACUGCAAUGCAUCCAAACAUCGAUGACGCACCGUGUGUGAAUAGCAUGAAGAAGUACGUGACGCGACGCUCGAUGACGCUCAGUGAUGCGCCGCGCCGUGACGCGUCCAGUGUGAAUUCAGCUUUAUGCUUCACAGUGGCUUCGAGAACAUAUUGUUCACCAUCAUUUCAAGACAUGUUUUGUUGCAAACCUUAAACUUAUUGAGUCAAUCCAAUUUGAUGCUUUUCUUAUUUUUGGAGUGUGUGUUAUUUUCAAAAAUAUGGAUACCUUCUCCUUAGGUUUUUCUCUGAGGUGUGAAGAAAAGAGAAAAUCACUGACAUCACAAGCAGUCGGCUGUAGACAUGUUUCGCCCAAUAUCAGAGCUCAUCACAGGCACCUUGGAGCAUUGAAAAGAUUGUCCCCCUUCUCCGCGGUGCCUGCGUCAGUGCGGCUAGAAAAAAUGAGGACCUAGGGCUGACCCAUUGCCAGUGGCAAUGUAUAUUUUUCAAAAAAAGAGAUUUUCUCUGAUGCUGCCCCAUUGCCCGAAAGAGGCUGGAAUGAAUGCGAGACCGAUCUUCUGCAGCGCGUUCCGCGAACAUGUCGUGAAGUCUGUUUUUGAAAGAAUUGUGAAUCAACAGCUGAACGAAAAAUUUUUAUAUCUCAUUCAGCGGGAGAUCUUUGAGCGUAAGAGCAGGACAGGCUUGUCUGAAAUAUCUGGUUGGAACAAUCGUUGCGCGAAUCAAUGACUGUAAAAGACCUGGCCAAUGUUGUUUACAAAUGAAAAUAGACUUGUUGGCAAGGUGACACGAUUUGUUGAAUUGCUUAUGUAAUAAGCAUUGUCAAGCAAAUAUACUCUUGAUUGGUUCGAUUUCAUACGAUUCAACUUGCAAGCAACACUGAUCUACAUAGCAAUUACGACGGAGUGAAGAGAAAA